GGGCAGUGUGUAGUUGUGGUGGAGGUUGGAUAUGAGCUGUGUGUUUGCGAGAAAGACAGAGAGAGCUAGAGACACACAGGGAGAGAGAUAGAGAGAGACAGAGAGAGAGAGAGACAGGGCAGUGUGUAAGUGGGGUGGAGGUUGAGCUGUGUGUUUACGAGAGAGACAGACAGAGAGCGAGAGAGAGAGAGAGAGAGAGAGAGAGAGAGAGAGAGAGAGAGAGAGAGAGAGAAAGUCAGAGAGAGGGAGAGACAGAGAGAGAGAGAGGGAUAGAGAGAGACAGAGAGAGAGUGAUAGAGAGAGACAGAGAGAGAGAGUGAUAGAGACAGACAGAGAGAGGGAUAGAGAGAGAGAGAGAGAGAGAGAGAGAGAGAGAGAGAGAGAGAGAGAGAGAGAGUGAUAGAGACAGACAUAGAGAGAGAUAGAGAGAGAGAGACAGAGAGAGAGGCAAAGAGACAGAGAGAGGGAGAGACAGAGACGUAAGAUGUGUUUACAGCGUUGGCCAGUCAUCCUCAUGAGGAAGGACGGCAGUAUCAGUAUCAGUAUCUGGGUUGCAGGGCUAUUGCUGGCCUUAGGUAGCCUACUGUAGGCAGGGUUGCUGCAGAGCUGCUGGAACCGGUUUGGUGUGCCGUUUGGACGACUUUGGUGAAUGUUAUCUAGACUUUUGGCCAAGUGCCUAGUCAUGCGUGGGCAUUGGCCAAAAAGUGGUACCUUGACCCCUAGUAGCCUAUUUGUGAUUUUUUUUUUUUUAAGUCUAGCCUCACGAAAUGAGUUAAUUUUGAAAACACUGGCCAAAAGUGGUACCUUGACCCCUAGUUGCCUAUUUGUGAUUUUUUUUUAAAGUCUAGCCUCAGGAAAUGAGUUAAUUUUGUAAACACUGCGCUCCUCUGCCUCUCUGAUGUGUCUCUGAAGUGUUAUGGCAGUGUAGGCCAUAGACCAUACUCAUUUUCGUCUUUUUUCCCCCGCUUUCUUAUUCAGCCAUUGCAGGGGUCUGACCUGAAGAAAGAAUCUAAAGUUUGGAACUUAAAAUAGGAACUUUUUACACUUUUUACACAGUUUUACACUUUGGUGCAAUAUUAUGCAUAAAGUAUUCAUUGCACCAUUAGUAAAUGUGGGGAAAAAAACACGUUUUUGUCCUUCUGUCCACCUCUGCUGUUGCAUCCUGCUCAUCCAGAACAAUAAUGUUCUGUUUCCUCCAGAAUCAGAGCAGAGGACAGUCUAAUUCAGAAGUCAUUUCUUACUUGACCUAUGUCCCAUUUACAUGAAUCAUACCCUAGUUUGGCUGAGUCAGAAAAUGUGGCAUCACCGGGUACUGACAAGUCGAGGGUAGCGUGAGCAAUACAACAGCAUAUUGAAAUUGACUGAACUGGUCCUUUAAGUGUUGAAUUCACACUCAGACGUUUUUUUACUGUGGUGUAGUAUCUCAGUAUCACUCGUUGUGCUGGUGACAAUGCAAAUAAGAUAGACACAAGUACAAUAGGCCUACUUGUUUAUUGAGAUGUACACAACAAGUACAGUACAGUGUGUGUACUUGUUUACUGCUCGCACAUCACAUGAUCCCAUGACUGGACGAAUAGAAAAUAUGGGUGUUUUGUUUUCUAGUGUCCCUGACCGACUGAACUUGUCUGACACUCGGGGCUCAUCCAAUUUGCGGAUGUCUUCAACUAGAAUUAGCUUGUUUUCAAUCAGACCGUAGCAAAGCACCAUGGGAGGAGGUUCAGGGGCUUAGUGCAGCUGAGAUGCCAAGCAAGCAGCCGGAGUAUAAAACGCCAUUGCACACGGCUAAAGCAGCUAAAGCAGAGAGCUCCUUAGGUGUACAGUACAGCAGCAGGUGGAUCUUAACGCUUCAUCUGUCUUUCCUAUUACACAUUGCAAGCUACAAGGAGUAGCAACCAAAAACAAAACAGACAGCAAACAUGGUUAACUCUAUGGACGACUCGGAUAUGGAUGUUUUUGAGAUUGAAGUUGCUGAGCACGAUGUGGAGACGCCUCAUGGCCGUAUCCACUGUACCAUGAAGGGAGUGCCCAAAGGAGACAGGCCUGUCAUCCUCACCCUCCACGACAUUGGACUCAACCACAAGACCUGCUUUGACACCCUGUUCAACCAUGAGGACAUGCAUGAGAUCAUGCAACACUUUGCUGUGAUCCACGUGGACGCCCCAGGACAGCAGGAGGGGGCAAACACCUUCUCCACUGGGUAUGAAUACCCCUCAAUGGACCAGUUGUCUGAGGCUAUGCCUCUGAUUCUCAAACACUUUGGGCUGAAGAGAGUUGUGGGAAUGGGCGUUGGAGCCGGUGCAUAUAUCCUGGCUAAAUUUGCUGUGGACUAUCCGACCAUGAUGGAGGGCCUCAUGCUCAUCAACAUCAACCCAUGUGCUGAGGGCUGGAUGGACUGGGCAGCGCACAAGAUCACUGGCUGGACUAGUGCCAUGCCCGACAUGCUCAUCAGCCAUCUCUUCGGCAAGGAAGAAAUUAACACUAACCAUGACCUGAUUGCCACAUACCGCCACCACAUCUUGAACGACAUGAACCAGUUCAACUUGCACCUCUUCGUCAAAGCCUACAACAGUCGCAGGGAUCUGGAAAUUGAGAGGCCUGUUCCUGGUAUGAACGUGAGAACCCUGAAGUGCCCGUCUCUGCUGGUGGUUGGUGAUAGUUCACCUGCAGUUGAUGCUGUGGUCGAGUGCAACACUAAGUUGGACCCAACCAAGACUACUCUUCUCAAGAUGGCUGACUGUGGAGGCAUGCCCCAGGUAGACCAGCCUGGCAAACUCACCGAGGCUUUCAAGUACUUCAUCCAGGGAAUGGGCCACAUGCCCUCAGCCGGCAUGACGCGCCUGGUCCGCUCGCGCACGGCCUCCGGCUCCAGCAUCCACUCGUUCGACGGCAACCGCAGCCGUUCGCACACGGGCGAGGGCUCUCGCAGCCGCUCCCACACGGGCGACCACCAGCGCAUGAGGACCACCUCCCAGUCGGCCGACGCCUCCAACAAUGUCGACACAGCGCCCAAGUCCGCCCAAGUGUCCUGUUAAGGACCCCCCCCCACCCCCCUUUUUGUCCUUCAAGACAAGACGUCUCCCCUCCUAUACGCCUACGUCAUGUCCAGCACAUAACGUGCUCCCACUUUCCCCAACUAUCAACAUCUGUCACCUUGUCGCCUCCCCCCCCACCCGCCCCCCCCUCCACUUUUGGUUUCCUGCUGCACUGCCACUAACCACCAAUCGCGCCCCAAAUCAUAACCCCCCCUCAUAUUGCCAGGACUGGACGGUAAAAUGUCCAGGCUGCACCCCUCCUAUAUAGAAAUAGACUCGCACAACACUUCAAUAUGCAGGAAGAGUCUCCAUGCCAAAGAAGAGUGUUUUUAUUUUGCUUCUUGCUCUACAAUUUGUAAGAGGGGUGGUAAUCUGUCUGUACCAACACUAUUAUGCAAAAAGCAGAGUUCAACUGAGGGGGGACACUACUACUGUAGGCUACUGUUCUGAAGGGGCCGUAAGCUCUAUAGAAGAGCCUCACUAGCCUUUGUGGCAAUGGCGGCCAUUUUGUUUUUGUUGUUGUUGCUAGUUUGCAGCAGUACGACAUAGAGACGUGGAGAAUGCCUGAAAUUUAAAAAAGGUUGUGCCAGUUGCGCUCAGGGCGACAGCACGCAAGCUUGUACAUUUUAUCUUCCUUGUUAAUUCACCAAUGUACUUUCUUUCAUUUUGGAUUUUCAUUUUUAGCUGACUGUAGUAGGGUGAUGCUCUCACAAGACAUCACCAGCUUUCAUCAUGAUCUGUAAAUUACUGACUGUAUUUUUUGUUCUGACAGAUCUAGUUUUCAAUUGUUGAAUUUUGUUCAUCUUUGUUUCUGUAUAUGUAGAAUUGAAACUCUACGGGAGGAAAAACACUUGUGUGAGGGGGAGAAAAACACUUGUGUUACUGUAAGCAGGAUUUGGGUUAUAAAAGAAGCAAUUUCUUCAAUCAUUAUUCACUGUAAGCUGUGGGACUAAACUCACUAAUUGCCGUAUGGUCCCAUCUAAAAAAAACAACUAAUCGAAGGAUUCUGUCACUGAUGGUAGGCUUGUUUCAGAUGGGGUUUAGCCAUUCCUAAAAGAAAACCCAGCAAACAUUCCUUCAACACUGUCAAUUAUAUAUUUUUUAUAUAAAAAAGAAUAAAUCAUGUAGACUACCAACAAAAAUUGUUGAUUGUCACACUGCUAUUUUGAAUCAAACAGAACAGGUAGGAGGAUAAAAUCUCUAGAUUGCACGGCUUUGUAUGUACGCGAGACUUUCCAGAUGUUGACUUGAGGCAUUGUUCAUCAUAUUUGAAGAAAAUAGAUCAUUUCUAUGCAAUCACAAGCACAAAGGAACAAGAUUUACUGUGCCAUGGGAUCUGUCUGUUUGAACUUGCUACUUUUCACUACUUUUUAUUUUACGUUGGUUUGGAAAGAAAUGACAGAAUGAAAAGGGUUAGUAGUGAUUUAUAUAAAAAAAAUGGCACUCACUACCUUUCUUCUCUCAUCUGCACUACAGCAGUAUUUUUGCAAGCUUUAUAGAACACGUACUUAUGUCAAGACAUGCGAAAGCCUAAUCAAGAAAAUUUGUAUGUAUUUUAAUGGUUUAACAGUUUGUAUUUAUUAAAAAAAUAAUAAAAAAAGAUGUAACUUGUUUA